AUGUACUCAAAACUACUAAAUAUUAACAUUAGCACUCGUGAAGAACUGCACUGUCAGUCCAACACACUCGAAAUAAAGAACAAUAAAGAAAGAUUGAAGACCUCAUUGAAGACGCCAUUUCAUAUCUACAUGAUGAAACACAUAAAGCGGUGUUACGGUCAGUAUUUGAGGGCACAUAAGACCUGGAGCAUAUUUCCAAGUAACAACUUAUUUCGUAGAAAUGAUCAAACUAAAAAGACAGAAAGGGUAAAACCGAAGGAUGAUGACGAGAUGAUGAAAAUAAACAUCCUCACCAAGAAAUGA